AUGGACUCUACUGGUCCACAGUCUCAUCUUGUGUCUGCAAUGUCCGCCAGUGCUAUCCAUACAACGAAUAUUCAAGGGGGAGUAGAUGAGUUGAGCGAAAAGCAACUCACUCCCGAAGUAUUGCAGAUCUUAAUGACGUUCUUGCGGAAAAAUGGACUUUCGGAAACUGAGGAAGCUCUUUCAAAGGAAGCGAACAAUCUUUUAGUGAUGAGCGAAGACGUUGCGGUAUCUUCAACGUUUCCUUCUAGCGAGGCUCUUCUAUCUGAAUUUGAGUCUCUAGUGCAGUUCGUAGAUUCCUCUUUUGACUUCUUUCAAGCGGAGUUCAGCCUCCUUCUGUUCCCUGUCUUCGCUCAUUCGUACAUCAAGAUCCUAAUGGAAAGUUCUGUUAAUAAUGCAAAGGAGUUUUUCAAGCGAUACUGUAAGCGGAUCCCUGCCCCAUACGAAGAACUGGUUUACAAGUUGGAACGGCUUGGAACCGCUCAACAGGCUCACGCUGAUUCAUACGUUCAACUUCUAAUGAAAAAUCCUUUCUUGGUGAAAAUGUCGAAAUCCUCGCUCAAACAGUUGGAAAUUCCCUUAGCACGGACGCCAACAAUCAAGAACAUUAUAAAGGAGCGCAUCACUCUUGAAGCUUCCGACGUCGUUUCUAAACUGAGGUCAAGCGUCGAAUGUCAAAUGGGAGGAGUUCUUGGCCAAAUAUCUAAAAACGAAAAGAGACAUAAGAUGCACUAUGGUGUUCUGAAAGACGAUGUUUCGCAAGCAAUAGAAAAGAAGAAAGCUCGUGGAAAGGAGUUGAAAGAUAGCAAGAAGAGCCAAGCACUAGCUCCGGUUCCCGACCGUAUUCCUCUGCCACCUCUUAGUGAAUCUUUACGAGAAGAACGGCGGAAGGCGAUGAGGGAUGCAAACAAACUUACUUUGGUCUCUCAAGAAAGUCCACCCUCUGUUUGCAUGUUGACUGCACUGAAUACUUACGGAGGUGUUUCUUGUUGUGAUGUUUCUGAUGAUUCUUCGAUGCUCUGCAUAGGGGGCUCCGAUGGUUCCGUUGAACUUACUGCCUUCGAUGAAGACCAAAAGCUGAAAAAGUUACGGGACAUGGAGGAGCUUGAACGGAUUGACAUGGAUGCGGAUAAUAUCUCUGAUCUCCUAUAUGAUUUUGGAACUGCUAAAUCGGAAGUAACGCUUCACGGCCAUUCCGGACCUGUCUAUUCUACUCAUUUUUCCCCCGACAACCGUUUGCUUGUUACUUCUUCAUUGGACAGUACAAUUCGCCUAUGGAGCUUAGAAACGCAGAAAAACGUUGUCGUUUACCGUCUUAGUCGCCCAGUUUGGCAGGUGCAGUUUUGUAAUCGAGGAUAUUAUAUGUGCAGCGGAAGUGAUGAUAAUGUGGCUUCGUUGUGGUGUACCGAGCGAAUGCAUCCUUUGCGAAUUUUUGCAGACAGUUAUGGAUCAGUGAAUUGUGUAGACUUUCACCCAAACUGCAACUACAUUGUAGGAGGUAGUGAAGAUCGCUAUGUUAGGGUAUGGGAUGUUUUAACAGGUACAUGUGUUCGCACAUUCUGUGGUCAUUCAGCUGGUGUUACUGCUGUUAAGGUUUCACCUUGUGGUCGGUAUAUUAUUUCGACAGCAGGUGAUGGGGCUGUUUGCGUUUGGGAUGUUGCAUAUCAAAGAUUAGCGGGAAUGGAAACUAAAGAUUUUCGCGGUGCUAUGGGCUCUAUAUGCUUUUCCCGCGACGGUGGUUCUUUCGCAGUAUCGCAGGGCGGUGAAUGUUUAUCUAUCUAUUCUUUGGACAACAUGAUUGCUGCAACUAGCAAUGUUGCAGGAAAUAACGAGCUUUGCUUCGAUCCCAAGAUCAACAUGCCGAAUUUCAAUAUCUUCACAUAUCCGACUUUGCAAACAGCUGUGAUAGGACUGCAUUUUACACGAAGAAACCUUUUGCUAGCUCGUCACUUUGUUUCGGAUCACAAAGAAUGUGCAAGAAGCUGA